AAUCACAGAGUUGUUUCGUUUCAGUUCGUUGCUGCGUUCUUUAAGGCGCGUUCUCCUCGAGUAAAGCUCGCGCUCAAUGCGGCUUAUAUACUACUACAUUUAGUUCUUUCGCGGUUUCGAGUUUUUCGUACAAACUUUUAAAUUAUAUUUACAGUAAUUUAGCUGAAAGCAAAUACAGUCACUAUCCAAAAAAGGUCGCAAAGUAAUUUCGCAUUUAACAUACUAAUUUAAACAAAAAAUUCAAAAAAACAGAAACUACAACAAUGGAACCAAAAAACUCACUAUUGACUAUUGCGCUUAUUGUCGCGUUUGCUUGCACCACGUUUGCAGCAAAAAUGCCUGAUUACAUACAGAUAUGCCACCGUAAUGAUCCAAAGAUAGCUGAAUGUGUUAAGAAUUCAGUACACUCUAUACGACCACAUUUGGCAGAUGGUAUUAAGGAGUUGAAUGUGCCCGCCAUGGAACCACUUGAUAUUGGCGAUCUAAAUAUAUUGGAAGGUGGCGCCAAUGGAAUUAACGUUAAAGUGAAGAAGCUCAAUGUUUGGGGUUCAUCGAAUUUCGAAAUCAAAAAAAUUAGAGCCUCAGACGAUGCAAAACGUUUUGAUUUUGAACUGAUAUUGCCAUAUUUACAUGGUGAAGGCAAUUAUAAUAUCAAUGGACAGAUUUUGGGUUUAACAUUACGCGGUAGCGGACCUUUCACUGGAAAUUUCACUAACUUUUAUGCUUUCGUAAAGGUUGUUUUCGAUGUAAAACCCAUUAACGAUGUUGAAAUGAUUAGCCUUAAAGAGUUGGUUGUGAAAAUUCGCACUGGCAGCGGAAGUGUGCACUUGCAGAAUCUAUUCGGAAAUGAUAAAACGCUUGGUGAUAUUAUAAAUGAAACGAUUAAUCAAAACUUCGAACUUUUCACCAAUGAAGUGAUUCAACCCAUCGAACGCGCUUUGGAGAAGAGAUUCAGCAGUGUGGCAAGUCAAAUCCUCGAUAGUUUCACCUAUAAUGAGCUAUUUCCACUUUAAAUGAACGAGCUCUAUAUAUUAAGUAUGAAUAGAAUGUUUGUCCAGUUUGUAAAAUACAUCAUAUACAUACAUAUAUAUCGCUAGUUUAAUUAAUAUAUUUGAAUUUUUUAAAUGGUCAAAGUGUGAACUUACAAUAAGUAACUGAAAUUAUUAGUGACACACAUAUGUUAUAAAUGUACAUACAUUAGAAAAAUUAUGAAUAUUAUGUGAUAUUUAAUAAUCUGUUUAUAUCAAUUUAUAAUAAGAAAUAAAAACCAUCAUUGUAUUAGCAAACUCACAA